AUGAUCCAAAACCUGGGAUUCAUCACUUUACUAUCGGCCAUAGUCCUACUGGGCACCCUAUAUAGUGUAUACUACGAUACAUUCCAAGACACAAGCUCCGCGAUCUCUUUUGCAAAGUCCGCUACUUAUUUCGCUACUAAAAAGAACAUCUUCAAUAAACUAUUCGUGAAGAAAGCUUGGGGGUGGACUACUGCGUCGGUAUUAGCACUACUUGUUAGUGCUCCACACGACGAACGUACUACAAAUAAACGCUGGCGUAUCGUUACUGUAUCACGUUGGGUUGCAGCAACUUCCUCGUGGUUUUUAUUCACCAACUGGUUCUUCGGUGACAGCUUAUUACACCGCAUAUGGCUUAUAACUGGUGCACAAUGCGUGAGAGAGGAAGACAAUCUCGAAGGGACGCCAGCAACGCCGCUACUCGUACCAGUCAAUCACCUGGAAUGCUAUCCACAGCCACUAAAUUCUGCUGAUACCAGUGCGCCAUUGAAGGCCGCAAAAUGGGUCGGUGGACAUGACGUAUCCGGCCAUACUUUCCUCCUUAUGCUAUCUGCAUACGUCAUUUUCGUCACUCUUAAACCAUGUUACUCUCAUCUCAUAAGAGUGAACUCAGUAAAGGAUGAGAAAGCCCCAUUGCAAAGUGGCUUAAGCAUACUUCACAAGGUCGCGGUGUACUUCUCCAUUGCACUUCUCUUACUCUGGAUCUGGAUGCUUCUUGUCACCUGCGUUUAUUUCCAUACCCCUUAUGAAAAGUUUACCGGUUUAUUGACGGGAUAUAUGUCAAUCUUUACCGUUUCGCUUAUUAAUUAG